CGGGAGGGAAGGAUUUGGAGUUCUCUCAACCACCCCAACGUUACGCCUUUUUAUGGUUGGGCACUUCAAGUGUCCGAAUCCGACGUGCAUGCUUGUUUCGUAUCCCAGCUGUGCGCACGGAAGGACGUGCGAAAAUAUCUGCACUCCGAACCCAACGCUUCGAAAAGUACUAUAAUUCUUGAAAUCGCAGCCGGGCUUCUCUAUCUUCAUGAACAAGGGGUAGUUCACGGAGAUGUCAAGCCAACCAACGUUUUAGUGGGUUCCAAUGGCCGGGCCAUGCUAUGCGAUUUUGGACUGUCGAUCGCGAUCGAUGACAGCUCGACACACCCCAUUGGCAGCAGCGUUUUCACGACUAUACAGUACUCUGCACCUGAAUUGAUCCUAUUCGAGGACCAGCCCCCGUCUCGAACCAAGAGCAGCGAUGUCUGGGCAUUUGGUUGCACGGCUAUGGAAGUAAGUUUCGGGCCGCGUAACAUCACGGCUCCCAUGACCACGAUUACUCAUUAG